GACCCCGGAUGGUCUUAGAGAUGUUCCCACUAUCUCUUCUUUACGCUUAUUAAAAUUGGCUAUUGAAAAAAAAGGUGGAACAGACAACAUGUAUUCAUAUCAUAAAGAAUAUUUUGAGAGAGAUGGUGUUGUAAAACUUCGAGCAAAAGGAAAAUGGAUUUGUUUAAUAUCAGACCCAAUAGUCGUAAAAAAUAUUUUAUUACGACCAGAUACUUUUCCAAAAUUAGAUCUUAAAGAAUUUUCACCUAUAUUUUCACGACAUCUUGGUGCCAAUGUUGUUCACUCAAAUGGUGAUGUCUGGAAAAGAUAUAGGCGUGUUUGUAAUCCUGCAUUUAAGACUUUACCCAUACAUCUUUUUAAUGAAACUGGAUUAAGGUUACUGAAUGUUUUAGAGCGGAUCGAUAAUAAACCUAUUGAAGUUACAAUUUACCAAGGAUUAAUUCGUAAUUCAUGGAUUAACAUUCUCCCAAUGGAACGUAUACCUUUUUGGUUAAAUCGAGCUUUUAAAAAAAUUGAUAAAUUGGAUAAUUUACUUGAUGAAAUUAUUAAAAAAAAACGUAAAUCUAUUGCUGCUGGAAAAUCUAAUGGUGAUCUUUUGGAGCUUAUGAUAAAAGCUUGUGAAGAUCCAAAUAAUCCGACUUUGUCAGAUAUCGAAUUAAGAUACAACUUGGCAAUUUUUAUGUUUGCGGGUCAUGAAACAACCUCGGAUGCUUUGUCAACCCUUUUGUAUAUUUUGGCAGUUCAUAAAGAUAUUCAACAAAAAGCUAGAGAGGAAGUUACAAAAAUUAUUGGUGAUUCUUUAACUCCGUCAGCUGAACAACUGAAAUCAUUAAAAUAUUUAAAUAUGGUCAUUUAUGAAAACCUUAGAAUGUAUCCUUCGGUUACAAUCUUUUCAUUACGUAAAUUAACUGAAGAUUUAAAAUGUAAAAAUCACGUGAUUCCAACUGGUACAACUAUCGGGAUAUAUUCUUACGGAAUACAUCAUUCACCAAAGCUUUGGGAAAAUCCAGAAAAAUUUAUACCAGAAAGGUUUGAAAAUGAACAUCUAGAGAAGUUAGAAUUUUAUGGUUUUGGUGCUGGUUCUAGAAUGUGUUUGGGAAAUAACUUUUCUCUUUUUGAACAAAGAAUCGUAAUAUGUUUUUUGUUACGUAAAUAUGAAAUAUCAUUGGCUCCUAAUAGCAUACACAAAGACGGAUUAAAAACUAAGAGAAUGACACAAGCAUUCCCAAUUGACCUUGUGUUUAAACGGAGAAAUGAAUAA